AUGUUCGUCCAAUCGCCGCAACAAAUACCAGAAUUAAGUCACAAAAGGAUUCAACAGUUUUAUAUCGGCGGCGACUUUGUGCUGGCUAUUAGUUCCGCCACCGGUGUGUACAGUUGGGGCCAUAAUAAUUGUGGUCAGUUAGCUAGAUGUGUUACACCGGAAGGCCAAUACUCAAAGCCUCAGAAAAUAACAUACCUUGAUAAUAAAAAUAUUGUUACUGCUUGUUGUGGUCUUCAGCACAGUCUGGCCCUCACCACCGAUGGCCACGUGUACGCGUGGGGCAGCAAUAAUUGGGGACAAAUUGGCUGUGGAAAAUACACCAACAACCUACGAUGAUAAAAUAGUUCAAUACCAAAUUAUUCCAAUCAAGAAAGAAUAUAAUUUUAAAGAAAUUAAAAGUUUUAAUUCUGUGUAUAUUAAGUAUGACACCAUAAUACUUUCAACCGGAUCGACAAUUUUUAAAUUACACAAAGAUUCUCUCGAACAAACAACAUGUGAAAAUUCCGCUCAUUACUAUACAUCUGAA